AUGAUCAUUCUUAUUGUGACUUCGCCUCCGAUAAAGCAGUUACUCGACGCUGGUGUUUUGGACACGACAGUUUGGACGGCUGAGCAGGACAAUCGGCACACCACUGAACCACCACUUUAUGGUGCAUCGGCCGUCGCCAAAGGACCAGGACAAGGAUCAGUUGCCAUAUACCAACGAUUUGGAGAACAAGCACAUCAAUCAGGAACACGGGAGCAAGAAGUCACAGUAAUUAGGCAGUUUUACCGAAUGGUUGGACAUACUGGAUUAGCAGUAGCGAAAGCGCUACUGACAUGGCAUUGCCGUAAACUCAAGAAUUUGGUAGAAGAAUGUGAAGCGGCAAAGGAGAACACUUAUAAUGAAGAGGAAGACGGCAUAAAAAGCAAAGCGAUCGAGUUGGAAGAAAUGACAAAGUUAACUUCGACAAGCUUGUGGAAAUUUGCGGAGGUUGUGGAUUCUAUGAGUGAGCUGACAGAGGAGCAAAAGCAGGAGGUACAAAGUUAUUUGGAGGAGGCUCAGGGUUGA